AUGGAGACCGUGGACGAGUACAUCCCCACCCCGGAGCGCGAGACGGACAAGCCCUUCCUCCUUGCGGUUGAGGACGUGUUCUCCAUCUCGGGCCGAGGAACCGUGUGCACGGGCCGCGUCGAGCAGGGCAUCGUCAAGAAAGGCGAUGAGGUCGAGAUCCUGGGCCGCGGCAAGAAGCCCCAGAAGUCCGUCAUCACCGGAAUCCGCAUGUUCAACACCGACCUCCCUGAGGGCCCGGCAGGCUACACGGUGGGCGUGCUGUGCCGUGGUAUUGACAAGGAUGCUGUGUUCCGUGGCCAGGUGAUCUGCGCUCCAGGCGCCACUAAGACCCACACCAAGUUCAAGGCCAACAUCUACUUCGCCAAGAAGGACGAGGGCGGCCGAUCCAACCCGGUGAUGCCCGGCUACAUGCCCAUCGAGGGCAUGGUGAGCUCUGAUGGCAACGAGGUGCAGAUGGCCAUGCCUGGCGACAACAUCACCUGCACCUGCGAGCUCAUCGCCGGCACGCCCAUCGAGAAGGGCAUGCGCUUCGCCAUGCGAGAGGCCUCCUCCCCCAUCAUAGACAUCUUUAGCUGGGGCCGGGCGGGAUUCCAGACUUCAGCAUAG